UGUUGUAUUAUGAAGCAAAACUUCAAGUGCACAUUUCUGUUUUUAGUCUAUCAGUCCUAAAAAUGUGGCAAUUUAGCUAAGAUGUUUGAUGUACGUCAGUGGAAUUAUUUUGAAUUUUUACAUAGAAUAUUUCACUUAAAUUUUUUUCUCAUAAUUUUGUUGACAGUUUAUAUUCAUUAAAAUGUUCUUUUUUUUUAGGAAAAAUAUAUUCGGGGAAGAGAUGUAAUAGAUUUCACAUUAUGGCAGUUACUAAAGAAGCACGUGAACAGGUUUGUAAAGAAUAACUAUUUCUCAGACACAUCACCUUCACUUUCGGAUAUGGAAUUUGAUAAGCAGUUAGCCACAGAAUAUGAACAACCCCUUUAGAAUGAGAUUGAAGAGCUGAUCCAGUGGACAAAAGAGGGGAAACUGAGAGUUCCCAAUUAACAAUGAAGCAGAAGUUUCCCCCUUGGGCGGUGGUGGAGGUAGUAACCGUGAUAGUAGCAGCUUCGGCGGCAGCAACAGCGACUACGAGGGAUGGCGGCGGCUGCAGCAGGAACUGCAACAUCCCAGAGGUUUUUCCAGAGCUUCUCGGAUGCCCUAAUCGACGAGGACCCCCAGAAGGCGUUAGAGGAGCUGACUAAGGCUUUGGAACAGAAACCAGAUGAUGCACAAUAUUAUUGUCAAAGAGCUUAUUGUCACAUUCUUCUUGGGAAUUACUGUGUUGCUGUUGCUGAUGCAAAGAAGUCUCUAGAACUCAAUCCAAAUAAUUCCACUGCUAUGCUGAGAAAAGGAAUAUGUGAAUAUCAUGAAAAAAACUAUGCUGCUGCCCUAGAAACUUUUACAGAAGGACAAAAAUUAGAUAGUGCAGAUGCUAAUUUCAGUAUCUGGAUUAAAAGGUGUCAAGAAGCUCAGAAUGGCUCAGAAUCUGAGGUGUGGACUCAUCAGUCAAAAAUCAAGUAUGACUGGUAUCAAACAGAAUCUCAAGUAGUCAUUACACUUAUGAUCAAGAAUGUUCAGAAGAAUGAUGUAAAUGUGGAAUUUUCAGAAAAAGAGUUGUCUGCUUUGGUUAAACUUCCUUCUGGAGAGGAUUACAAUUUGAAACUGGAACUUCUUCAUCCUAUAAUACCAGAACAGAGCACGUUUAAAGUACUUUCAACAAAGAUUGAAAUUAAACUGAAAAAGCCAGAGGCUGUGAGAUGGGAAAAGCUAGAGGGGCAAGGAGAUGUGCCUACACCAAAACAAUUCGUAGCAGAUGUAAAGAACCUAUAUCCAUCAUCAUCUCCUUAUACAAGAAAUUGGGAUAAAUUGGUUGGUGAGAUCAAAGAAGAAGAAAAGAAUGAAAAGUUGGAGGGAGAUGCAGCUUUAAACAGAUUAUUUCAGCAGAUCUAUUCAGAUGGUUCUGAUGAAGUGAAACGUGCCAUGAACAAAUCCUUUAUGGAGUCGGGUGGUACAGUUUUGAGUACCAACUGGUCUGAUGUAGGUAAAAGGAAAGUUGAAAUCAAUCCUCCUGAUGAUAUGGAAUGGAAAAAGUACUAAAUAAAUUAAUUUGCUCUCACUGUAUUGUGUAUAUUCACCUAAUGUCCAUUGUGUAUUGAUAUUGCAUUCUUGAAUUUUGAACACUGAAUAGCUUUUUGAAAGAUUAUACCUCUUUACCUCUUUGUGCUUUAGAAAUUAUUUUCCUUCAAGUGUUCAAGUCUAAUGAAGAAUGAAGAUAACAUUUUAUCACUUCUGUCCUUAAAGAUUUCAGACACGGUGAAACUGAAUAAAGCAUAUCAUUUGCUCCUA